AUGAUACCUUUCUUGUUGCGGCUUCAGUUGUAUGCCAGUCAGCGUCACGUCCGUGCACGGUGUGUGGUCGCUGCAAGCAAAGUGCACAGGCUUGACCGUGUAGGUCCCGCGUAUGUCGACAUAGUUGAUUCCCGACAGAGCCACAGCCGACGUUUGGUUCUUGCACGCGGUCUUGUCGCAGUAAUACUGGUCGAUGACUAUAGGGAGUACCUGCCAUGUUUUUAUUCGGACCCCAUUCAUGGUAUUGUGCAUGAUAAUGUCACGGACGGUAAUGUUAGAAACGCAGGCUUUGGUGUUGUCUUUUCCAAGUCCACCUAUGCUGAUGCCGUGGCCGGGCCCACAGUUGACAUUGUGUAUUUAAACUCACCACAAGCAAUAUUAGAGCUGCGAAUGAGCACAUCUUUUGAGUUUUGGAGGUGA